AUGAACCCUAAUAAUCACAUACCAAUCUUACUUACAUUCUUCUUUACUCUUCUUCUUCAACUUCAAAACCCUAGCAAUGCAUCACCAUCUCCACCAAUAACAGCUCUUUACGCCUUCGGCGACUCCACGGUGGAUUCCGGCAACAACAACUACAUCCCAACUCUUUUCCAGAGCAACCAUCCUCCUUACGGCAAAUCUUUUCCGGCCAAACUUUCCACCGGAAGAUUCUCCGACGGAAAACUCGCCACCGACUUCUUAUCCUCCUCUUUAGGACUCAAACCUACUUUACCAGCUUACCUAAACCCUUCGGUCAAACCCGUUGAUCUUUUGACCGGCGUUAGUUUUGCCUCGGCCGGAGGUGGUUUAGAUGAUCGGACCGCGAUGUUAUCGUUGGCUUUGUCCAUGGACAAGCAAUGGAGUUACUUUGAAGAGUCGGUGCGUAAGAUGAAGAGUUUGGUCGGAGAUUUGGAGACUAGUCGAGUGAUUAAGAAUGCUGUGUUUGUGAUUAGUGCAGGGACUAAUGAUAUGAUCUUUAAUGUUUAUGAUCGUGUUCUUGGGAAUUUGGUCUCUGUUUCUGAUUAUCAAGACUAUCUACUUAGCAAAGUCGAAGCUUUUGUUCAGAGACUACACGACGCUGGAGCACGAAGGAUUACAGUAGCUGGACUACCACCAAUAGGAUGCCUUCCGGUGCAAGUAACUCUUGGUGGCUUGACUUCUUUCCCUCUCCCUCGCAUCUUUCAUCAUCGGAUUUGUACGGAAAAUCAGAAUGCUGAUUCUAGGCUUUACAAUCAAAAGUUACAGAAGCUAAACCUCCGUCUCAGUAAGAGGCUUCGAGGCUCCAAAGUUCUUUACCUCGACAUCUACUCUCCCUUAAUGGACAUGAUCAAACAGCCUCAUAAAUAUGGAUUAGAAGAAACAUUUAAAGGAUGUUGCGGAACGGGGUUGCUUGAGGCAGGACCUCUAUGCAAGCCAUGGUCUCGGACAUGUGAGGAUGUUUCGAAGUAUUUGUUCUUUGAUUCUGUGCAUCCUUCACAAAAGGCUUACUCUGUCAUUGCUAGUUACGGCUUACGAAAUUUGUUACCUCUAAUUUGA